CAAGCAUCGUUGGUAGAUCUCUGCGACCGUAUUAUUGGUAUCACCAUUGAAGUUUGUACAGACUGUAAAGCAUUUUUGACUUCACCCACUUCGACUCUUUCUCUCACUACGGUCUAUGGCGUGUCUGUAAAUAUUAUGUAUCCAUGGAUAUAUUUCUCUCCACCCACUUCUACUCUUGUCUCAGUAUGGUCUUUGGCGUUAUUACUGCUUUCCUUUCCUUAGCUUAUAAUACUCGCUGUAUCCGAAAGUUGAAUCAUCCUUAUUGACGUAUAUAAAGAGAUCUGAGCUCAUCUUAGAGGCAAACCAAAGCAAACCUCUUUCUCUGUCGCAAUACUCGUUCUCGCUCUGUGCACUCUUCAGAGAGAGAGAGAGAGAACCAAAUAUGUCAGGCGUCAAGAGCACGUCCAAGAAGAGCAGCAGUAGCUCGGGGCUGAAGCUGUUCGGGUUCCACGUGUCAGAGGAAGAGGAGACCGGGCUCAGGUCUGAUUCUUCUUCCUCGUCGACGACCACGACGGUGACUGCCACCUCCCCCGGCGGAGGCGACUGCGCAGACGGGCGGAAGUACGAGUGCCAGUACUGCUACCGCGAGUUUGCCAACUCGCAGGCCUUAGGCGGCCACCAGAACGCGCACAAGAAGGAGCGGCAGCAGCUGAAGCGCGCCCAGAUGAUGCUGCAGCAGCAGCACGACCACCUCGGAGGCUGCUUCUGGCCUCCGACUUUCGUGCUGCCGCUCCGCAGAAACCCAGGCUCCGCCGGGUGGGAGUACUUCUCCCGGGCGGCUCCUACGUUCCAAGCGUCUCGUGCAUGCGCCUUCCCCUUCUCGUCGGCCCUCCGGAGCCAGCCGGUCCUCCCCUCUGCAUUCUUAUACUCCGCCGCCGGUAGUGGCCCACGGAUCUCCGAGGAGAGCGCGAACUCGUUUGGGAGGUUCCCUGUCAUCGCUCCGGUCGCUGCCGAUGCCGACUCGGCGAAAUCGGGCGACUCGUUUGGCUUGGAUCUGCAGCUCAGACUGGCACCCACGGGGUCGUGACUCGGCUGUUCACAGGAUAGCACUCUAUAUAGUAUACCAAGAACGAACUCCUGCGCCUUCCAUUCCUACAUCUCCUUCCUAUAGAUCUCUUCUCUUAGAUUUACCUUAUGGUUUGAUGUUUGAACAUUGAAUUAUACGCAUAUAUAUGGUAACAACAUGAUGUUGUGUCAA